GCACAUUAUGUAGUAGUGUCCAUCAGUGCCUUGUUCUACUGUGGGCUGAGAUGACGGCAGAAGCGAGUGAGGGGGUGGGGAGAGAGAAAAAGACUGAAUCACAGCAUUCUGUCUCAGCAUUUCACCGACUUGGACAAGUGCUGCCCGAGCUUGAACAACUCCACCUCCCAGGAUGCAGUGGUGCAAGUGGGCUGGCUCUUGGAGAUCACACCUACCUGUUCAGUCCGAAGGGCCAGAGAUUGAAGACACCUUUGACUUUCUGUUUAAAAUCAUCCUGGUUGGGGACUCGGACGUGGGAAAGACAUGCGUCGUGCAGAGAUUCAAAUCUGGAAUAUUUAUGGAGAGACAGCAAAACACCAUCGGGGUGGACUUUACCGUCCGGACACUCGACAUCGAUGGAAAGAAGGUCAAGAUGCAGGUCUGGGACACGGCUGGCCAGGAGCGAUUCCGCACCAUCACCCAGAGUUACUACCGAAGUGCCCAUGGAGCAAUGGUGGCUUAUGACAUCACAAGGCGACAAACCUUUGACUCUGUCUCUCACUGGAUCAGAGAGGUGGAACAAUAUGGAGCCGCCAGCGUGGUUCUGAUUCUGAUCGGUAACAAGUCAGACCUGGAGUCUCAGCGGCAGGUUUUGUUCGAAGACGCGUGCACCGUGGCUGAAAACAACGGCAUGUUAGCUGCACUAGAAACUUCAGCCAAGGAGGCCCAGAACGUGGAGGCUGCCUUUACCCUGAUGGCUCGAGAGCUGCUGGCCCGAAACGGCCUGUCCAUCCCAGAUGAGGCCUCCCAGGACCCCUCCCACUUCACACUCACCAGCAGUUCACGGCCAGUUUACGGCUCCUUGUCCUCAGAUAAACAAUGUGGCUGCUGAAGAGGUUUUGUGACCAAUGUCUGUAAAUGCAUCUCUUUUUGUGAUAUUUAUUUUUUUUAACUGCACCAUCAACUGAGAUCAACAUAUUUGUUGAAACUUUAAUGGGCAUUUUUAACACCAGGAAAAAUGUCUUGUCCAUCUGGAACCAAAAGACUAGUCAUUCUUGUUAAAUCCUAGUUUAUAUUUAGAAUGUCAAUAAGCCAUAUUCUUGUAAUAUUGUGGAUAAGUUUUUGUCUGCAAAAGAUUUGUGCCUUGGACGCUGAAACAGAAAUAAAUCUGUCUUUUUUUUUUUUUACAAAGCUGUUACAGUGUUAAUAUCAGCUCAUUUUCUCUUUUUCUGUAAAGUCAAAGUCACAAAUUGGUGGAUUGUAAUAUCUUAAAUAUUUCUGAGGGGUUGUUUGUGAACGGAAUCACAAUAAUGUCAAUGAAACUUCAGGGUGUGUCGGGAAUGGGCUGACUUAGAAAUGAGUUGAUUUUGUUGGCACGUUUGAAUUUACGAAAGCUCUACAGUUUCUCAAGUCUGCGCCACAUCCAGUCACGUGAUCACUAACGGUUAAAACAAGCACAGAACGAUCGUUUUGUUUGAUAAAACACAACCAACAAGUGAGUCGCUGUAAAUCACGUUCCUUGUCGCUGUGGUGGUGAAAUGCGGCUGUGUCGAACUCCUUUCUUCUUCUUCGGUCUUAUAGGAACGCAGUGGUGUUACUGCCACCUGGCGCUCGUCUCAGCUUACUACACUUUAUUUCAUAUGACUAUCUCGAUGGUUACGUGUAGGACAAUGGUAUUGCCACUAAUGUCAGGCUUACUAAGUGACGAUGCAGGUGUAUCUCACUGAGAUAUGACGACGAAAUCUCUACCUGCAACUGACAGGAAAUCAACUCAGAAAGUCUAUACAAACUUUAUUUAAAAGCGUUUUACAUUUGAAUUAUUUUGCACUCACAAAAAAAUAUAUUGCAAGACAUCAUGUGUAAAACGCACAUCUUUUAUAAAUAGCACCAUUUUUUUUGUUUUGAUAAUUGUACAACGCUAAUAACGCAAAAUAAAAUCAGGACUGGAUCUCAACAGCUCGUGGUUACUUCUGAAAAUAAGAUUCUGUGUGUAUUUAGAUUAAAAGGUCACUUGGUGAAAUCACUUGUUACUCUAGAUGAAGCAUUGUUUGAACUUGUCAAAGAAUUAUUGAAGAAUAAAAGGAUUGGCACAAUCAAAGCAUGGUGAUUUCCUCAUGGCUGUUCACCUCAGUAUCACU